CUCAUUACUGGCAAGUUUGAACUUUGAACCAUGCAGACUCCAGACUUCUGAUACAGUUGAUAACUGAUACCGAUGGCAUUCACGCCACUAUUUUGUUUGUCCAGUAACCGCUUUCCUCUUCUCGUCUUCCGAGUUCCGGCCGCGCUAAUGUCUUUCCCUCUAAGAAUCUCCGGAAGGCAGAUUCCGGCAUCUCACCGAGAGUGUCUCAAAAUGUCUAGGGUUUUCACGCGCUUUUACUUUCUGCAUCCGAGAAGUGCUUCAAAGAAGCAGUACAUACCUCAACGUCUUUGCUCAACCACCGGCAAUGGCGACACUUAUGAUAUUUUAGAAGAUGGUCAUCGUGGCUCUUCUUCUGAUCAUGAGGGCAUGAAGGAGAAAAGCACAAGCCAGAAAGCUAAAACCUUUACAUCCAAUGAGACACUGAAGAAGCUGAGGAGAUAUGGCAUUGCUGGUAUUUUGUCAUAUGGGCUACUGAAUACUGUUUAUUAUCUUACGACAUUUCUCUCUGUCUGGCUCUUUGUUUUGCCGUCUAGUGGAAAGAUGGGUUAUGUUGCAGCUGUUGAAAGAUUUCUCAAAAUAAUGGCAAUGGUGUGGGCAGGAAGCCAAGUUACUAAGGUUGUCAGAGCUGGCGGGGCCCUUGCUCUUGCUCCUUUUGUCGAUAAAGGAUUGUCAUGGUUCACCGUAACGUUCAAGUUUGAAUCUCAAGGAAAGGCAUUUAUGGCAAUCGUGAGUCUCUGUUUUAUUCUGGCUCUUCUACUUUUCUUUGUGGUUACACUGCUUUGGGCAUGAUUCUUUUGCCUUUUUAGUGGUUUCUUUUCACAUUUGGCUCUUCGAUGAUUCGAUCAUUUCCAUUUUGGUACCAAGUUGAAGGCCCUCCUUUACAACAUGGCUUUCUGUUUUUUGAGCAUUCUUUUAAACUCUUUUGUUACUUUAUUCUGGGAGUAGGUUCUCUAUGAUUUUUUUUUUUGGCGGGCGGGGGGUUGCCAAGAGAAAGUUUGUGGCUGUCUAGAGGAUAUUGGUGAGGUUUUGAAAGUUUCAAUGGAAGUAGACAGUAUUUCUAUUGAGGUGAUGAAGUCAGAAGUCAGGUUAAAACUAGGGCUUAGUGGGCUGAAAGAGUUUAUGGUUAGUAUUCUUAUUGGAGUUUUAGUGU